CACUGCCUUUACUUAUCUGUUUGAGGCUUUUUUUUGCAUUGCCUUUUGGGGCGUAUAAAGUUAGACAUACCCUGUGGUUGGCUUUUUUCUCAUUGAACAAAAAUGAUAAAGAAUAGGGGAUGGAAGGCACUCAUGGUAGGAUGGGGAUUUUCCUUGUGAGGGAAGUGGCAAAGUACUUGCUCAUGGUAGGAGGGGAGUAUAAUUAACGUGCAACAAUAAGAAAGGGAAAGCCAUACAGUUUGGUCUUAGAAGAGAGAGUGAUUACUAGGCAAGGCAGAGCCUAAGGGUGACAUGGCCUGGCACGAGGCCUCGUGAUUUCUAGGCAAGGCAGGGCCUGGGGAUGACAUGACCUGGUACAAGGCCUCAUGAUUACUAGGCAUGGCUGGGUCUGGGGGUGACAUGGCCUGGUACAAGGCCUUGUGAUUACUAAGCAUGGAAGGGUCUGGGGGUGACAUGGCCUAGCACGAGGCCUCAUGUGCAUGGUGUGCUGGUGGCCUGGGGUUGGCACAAUCAAGACUUAUAAUUAAAAGUAAGAACUGGCACAACAACUCGACCAUAACAAAUCCUCAUGUUCUACACCUCUAAACUCUUAAUUUAUCUGCUCAUUAUUGAAACACCUUCAGUAUCACACUUGUGUUCAGAGAGAGAGAGAAAAAAAAAAGAAAAGGAAAAGCUAACUUAUCAUGUGAUCUGAACUGUUAAAGCUGCUUGCCUGUGCAUGAGAUCUCUGCAUUUUUUGACUGCAGUUAUUCCUUUCUAAAAUCUCUUCUAUUACUAAUAACAAUAUCAAUAUUAGUUUGUUUCAGAUCUUACAUUAUGAGCAACAGAUAUGUAAUUAAUUAUUAUAACAGAUUAUCUAAGCAUAAUUUCUGCUAAAAGUGUGUUACACAAAAAUAAAACAUUCUGUGGGAAUUAUUGUAACCACUUUUUUUAACCCCCUAGUAAUGUGAUCUAACUGGAAUUACCAUCUUCUUUACAUAAGUUCUGUUACAUUUCUGUUCUUUUCCAUCUCUUUUCUUUGCUAUUAAUAUCUUCACCAGAAACUACAAGACUAUCAGAGUAUGAGUGUUAGGUGUUACUAUCCUCUUAUGAAUCUCAAAUCAUUUCUUACAAUCUUACAAUGUGUUUCUUAUAUUUGAGCUUUCUCUUCCUUCUGCCAUGCCCUGCUAGAGGUAUUGGACAUCUUCCUGCAGCCAGGACAGGAGGUAGCAAACUCACAUCGAUUUAUCAGCUUGGCGAUUCCUUAUCUGAUACCGGAAACUUAAUCAUUGAGAGUCCAGACGGAGUUGCCUCAGCCUUUGCUCGGCUUCCUUAUGGUGAAUCUUUCUUUAAGCAUCCCACUGGUAGAUGCUCAAACGGGCUGCUAAUGAUUGAUUUCUUGGGUAAUUUUUGACAAUUCUUCAUUGUUUUCUGGAUUUCAUUUAUGCUGUUAUGCAUCUUUAAUCUCUUAAUUUCUUUCAUUGAUUCGUUGCUUGUGAGUGGUGAAACUUCAUGUUGGGGCAGCAACAAGCAUGUGCUUCUGUUUCGAAUCAUUAAUAUCAUGUGUCAAUGCAACAUUCUUACUUUGCUAAACUUUAUAAAGUUUAUCACUAAUAAUAUUUUUUUUCCCCUUGACAUUAUCAAAAUUGUUUAGAUUUUUAGUUAAAGCUGUCACAUGUAAUUGGUUAGUCUAUGUAGUCACAUGUAAUUGGUUUUUGUUUGUGCUGAACUAUAAUUCUCAAUUAGGAUUUCCUUUUCCUGAAUGCAAGAGUCAUGGCUUAAGUAUUUCCCUGAAAUCUCUCAUUUUCAGUAAGUUAGAUUCGAUACGAUAAUAUGGAAACGUUUGAUCAAUUCAAUUUUUACAUCAUGUUCUAUCAAGAUUUAGCUUUUACAUAACAACUUUACUUUUGAAUGUAAUGUACUACCGUUUUUUUGUUUUAUAUUUUAAUUUUCUUAAAUUCCACUUCUUUUGGUGACUGAUUAAUUAGCAAAGGCGUUGGAUAUUCCGCACUUGAAUCCAUACUUAAGCAGGGAUGCAGUUUUCACUCAUGGAGUAAAUUUUGCGGUUGCUGGUGCCACAGCAUUGCCAACAGAGUCUCUUGCAGAUAAAAACAUAGUAAAUCCUGUCACAAAUAGUUCUCUCAGUGUACAGCUUGAUUGGAUGUGGUCACACUUCAAUUCCAUUUGCUAUAAUGACCAAGACUGUGCAGAUAAACUCAAGAAUUCCCUAUUUAUUGUUGGGGAAAUAGGAAGCAACGAUUAUUACUAUGCAUUGUCACAAGGGAAGACGAUUGAGGAUGUCAAUAGCAUGGUUUUUGAUGUUGUCCAAGCGAUUAUUGAAGGCGUCAGAAGGGUCAUCCAAAAUGGUGCUACCAAGAUAAUUGUCCCGGGGACCUUUUCUUUCGGGCAUUUUCCUGCCUAUAUCACAGCAUGUCAAGCCAAAAACUCUGCAGCAUACAGAAAACAGCGUCUGUUAAACAACUUGUCACUCUAUCACAACGAUGAGCUAAAAAAGAGACUUCAAUUGCUGAAGCAAGAUUAUAAGAAUAUUACCAUCUUCUACGGUGAUUACUACAAUGCUUUUAAUCGGCUUUUGCAGAAUGCUCCUCGUGUUGGAUUCAAUGGCACAUCUGAUCUUCGGAAAGCUUGUUGUGGAGCAGGAGGGCGAUUUAGUUUUAAUCCGAAUAAAAUGUGUGGAGCUCGAGGGGUUCCAGUAUGUGCUAACCCUGAUGGCUAUGUAAUUUGGGAUGGUUUUAAUCUGACUCAAAAAGCAUAUAGGAUCUUGGCGAGAUGGUUCUUUCAAAGUACAAUCUCUCCCUUAAUUAACUCAUCUUGACAAUUUAUAUACAUUCUUUUUUGACUGUUAUGGAAGUAUUCCAUGAUUUUGAUUUGCAUUGCAAGUGUCUAUGAAUGUCAUUGUCUAUACAUUGAUCUGAUGAUGUACUACCCUGAAUCGGACCAGUUCAGUAGAUAUAAAGUCAUGCUCAUAUGUGUAGAAGUAAG